ACCUAGGAUUUCUCUUGUAACUGAAAAAACAAAGAAGAAGACAAAGUCACACAACACAGAGCCAAUGAUGGGUGUUGUUGAAGGUUUGUGUAGAGUUAAAGGCUUCACUAAAUCUCAAUGCAUCCAAAUUCUUGCUUUCACAGCUUUAGCCAUAGCUUUCUUGGCUCUCUUCACUAACACAUCCACAAAUCUCUCUCUCUCCUCUCUCCCAUCUCUCCCAUGGGCAUGGAACCCUUCUUCCUUCUCCGCCUCCUCCUCCGCCCCUCCACCACCGCCGCCGCCUCCGCCGACGACCAAGAAUCCCAACAUGGCUUUCUACCCUACCUUCACUAAUCCCAAAAGGCAGAAGGUUGUUGAGAAAUUAGUGAAAGAGUUGAAUGAAGAAACGAUGAGAAGAAGAGGAAUGGAAAGAGACAAAAAUAUGGGCAAAAUAGAAGCGGAUCUCGCUACGGCGAGAGCGCUGAUCAAAGAUGCGAUUUUUAAGAGUCGCGAUUCUCCUCCACUUGCACAAGACGCAGAUUAUGUGCCUCGAGGAAAAAUCUAUAGGAAUUCUUAUGUUUUCCAAAGGAGUUACAUGUUAAUGGAGAAGAUUAUGAAAAUAUACGUAUAUUCAGAAGGCGAGGCCCCUUUGUUCCACUAUGGGCCCACCAAGAACAUAUACUCCACAGAAGGCAUAUUUAUUGGAUUAAUUGAAUCCAAGAGUAGUCAUAAUUUGAGGACUGAGGAUCCUAAUCAAGCUCAUCUUUAUUUCCUCCCUUUUAGUGUGGUCAUGAUCCUCCAACACUUGUUUGACCCAGUCGAGCGCGACAAGGCCGUGCUCGAACGGGUCAUCGGGGACUACGUCGCCAUUAUAUCCGAUAAGUAUCCCUAUUGGAAUCGAAGCCUUGGCGCCGACCAUUUCAUGCUCUCGUGUCAUGAUUGGGGUCCACGGGCGACAUGGUGCGUGCACCACUUGUACUUCACAUCGAUACGAGCGCUAUGCAAUGCGAAUACCUCGGAGUUUUUCAACCCGAGGAAAGACGUGUCGUUCCCGGAGAUCAAUCUCCCGACGGGAGACAUCUCUGGGCUAACGACGACCGGAUCUCCGAACAGGACCGUACUGGCGUUCUUCGCCGGCCGAUUACACGGCAAGAUUAGGCCAUCCAUCUUCAAGCAUUGGAAGGACAAAGACAAUGAUAUCAUAGUGUGGGAAGAGAUGCCUAAAGACUCCAAAUUUUCUUACAAAGAGAUGAUGGAGAGGAGCAAGUAUUGCAUUUGCCCUAGUGGGUUCGAGGUGGCUAGCCCUAGGAUUGUGGAGGCCAUAUACGCCGAGUGCGUGCCGGUUUUGGUGUCUGAGAAUUAUGUCUUGCCGUUUAGUGAUGUGCUUGAUUGGGGCAAGUUCUCGGUCCGAGUCUCGGUGGCGGAGCUGCCGGAGUUGAAGAGGAUCUUGACGGAGAUCGGAGACGACGGGUACGCGGAGUUGCGGCGGAGGGUGAGGGAGGUGCAGCGCCAUUUUGUGGUGAAUGAUCCUCCUAAGAGAUAUGAUGUGUUCAAUAUGAUGCUUCACUCACUUUGGUUGAGAAGGUUGAAUCUUAGAAUCAAUGUGUGAUGCAUAUCAUGAAUUUACAACUUAUAAUAGUAUUCAAUUUAGAUCA